UUCAUGGAUGUGACAUGUCCAGGAGGCUAUAAAAUCACCAUCGUCCUUAGCCAAGCACCAACGGUAGUUUUGUGUGAUGGCUGCUCCACUGUUCUUUGUCAGCCUACAGGAGGAAAAGCAAGGCUCACAGAACGAUUCUCCUUCAGAAGGAAGCAGUCCUAAAAGUACCCUGAAUCCAGAUGAGUGAGGAACAAUCCCAAUAAACACAUUUUGUAUACACAAAAAAGAUGCCUACUUAACCACAAUAUCAUUAAUACUCCUAUGAAAAUUAGCAAAAAUUCCACAAUAUAGUCUACUACCAAUCCAUAUUCAAAUUUGUCCAAAUGUCCCAAAAUAUCUUUUAUAGUUUUUCCCCAAUUGAACCAGAAUCUAAUCAACAUUUUCACUCAUUGCAUUUGGUAUAGCUCUGGAGUUUCUUUUCUACUCUAUUCUAUUAUGUGUUUGUUUUUUUUUUUCUUUAUAACAUUGACCCUUUGAAGAGUCUAGGCCAGUUGUCUUGUAGAAUAUCUCACAUUCUGGAUUUUUCUGAUUGUUUCCUCAUGCUGUUUAACUCGUUCCUCUAUCUCC